AUGGCGGACACUAAGGGCACUUCGUACUCGACCGACCCCGCCCUCUACCUGUACACCUCUCUCACGGCCGGAUCCUCGCACAUCGUCACGGCGACCUCGCGACUAGAGACUAUCCUACGGGCUAAUAGAGUGCCGUUCAAAGCCAUAGACAUCGCUACAGACGAGAAAGCGCGUAUGCUAUGGGGUCGAAGGGCAGGCAAGGAUGAGGGCGGACGGGUACGCAAGCUACCCGGCCUGGUGCAGAUGGGGUUGGUCCUUGGCGAUCUAGUCGAGAUCGAAGAGUGGAACGAGUACGGCGAGCUGAAGCAGCACGUCACCAUCUACUACGACGACUUCACCAUCCCGACCAAGAGCCAAGCGCCGCCCCCCAUCGUCCCGAAAGCGAAGAAGCCGGCCGCGCCCCCCGCAGCACCACCCGCCGCCGGCGGAGCAGGAGCAGCAUCAAGCACAUCCGCCAAGCAGCCGCCCGCCGCCCCGGCCAUGCCCAAAGCCUCCGAGCUCACGGCGCAGAAGUCUAAGCUCUCGUCCGCGCCCGCCCCCGGCAGCGCCGCCAAGCCCACCCUUAGCAUCGCUGAAGAGGCGGCUAAGAAGGCGAAGCAGGUGCACCUCGACAGCCUGCGGGCCAAGGUAUACGGGAAGAAGGACGGCAGCGGGUCGGACACGGGGUCUAAGGAAUCCCUAUCCAAGUCGUCUACGACCGAGUCGGCGCGGGAGAGCAUGAGCAACCUGUCGCUCAAGGACAAGGACAAGGACAAGGACAAGGAGAAGGCGAAGGGCGCGGCGGGUCUGCAGUCGCCCACGACGGGGACGUGGAAGGGCGGGGUGCAGCCCGAGGAGAACCUGCGGCAGGUGCUCCAGAGCCCGACGACGGGCACCUGGAAGGCGGACGGCGAGAAGUCGGAGGAGUUCCAGGGUGCCGUCGUCGAGAACGCGUCCAAGGCGGAGAUAGCGGCCGUCGAGAAGGCGGAGGCUAUCCCCGAGGCGACGAGCUCGGAGGAGGAGGACAGCUCGGAGGAAGAGGAUUCGUCUGAAGAGGAGGAGGAUGAGGAGGAGUCCGAAGAUGAGAAGAAGGUGGUCACGAAGGAGGUUAAAAAGGAGGUGAAGAAGGAAGCUAAGAAGGAAGAGUCGGAGGAGGAAGACGACGAUGACGACGACGAGGAUGAUGAUGACGAUGAUGAUGAUGAAGAAGACGACGAGUCUGAUGAGGAAGAACAGGCCCAGCAGGACGAGAAGAGCAAGGCCAAGAAGCAGUAA